UUGAUUUAAACAAACGUUCCAUCCCAACAUUUUUAAAAUUCUGCGUUAGAUGGCUAAGUUUAAACGAUGCUCAUUGUUAGUGUACGAUUAAUUUGGUAAUGCCAUAUAUUUAUUUUGCCAUAACACGCUUUUAGCAGAGAGAGAAUCCAGAUGUUGCUACUGUGGCACACAAUUUAAUAAAUCUUCUGACCCAAAGCCUGGGUCAGAUUCAGGCAGCUCAGGGUCAGCAGCAGGAGCAACAACAACAGCAGCCUUCUGCUAUUACUCCAAGAAUAGAGCAGGAUAUGACCAGAGCUUUUCCUGGGAUGUUCAAAAAAAAAGAAAAACCGCACACCCUCAAGUGCAAUCAAAAGCAACAGCUUGGAAGCCAUUUAGCAUUCACAUUUAUCUUUUAAACAAAAUAACUGACACCUCACCCUCACCAUCUGAAGAGCUUGAACUACUACAGGCAGGGCUGGGCAAACGUAUUUGUUCAAUUUCUUCAAACAUGAACCGUUCUGAAUUAUGCAAGCUUUUUGAAGCUGAAUUUCCCAAAUUGAGAUCACUCGCUGGAGGGUGGCUGCUUUAUAAGGCACCAGGUGGCAGUGGAAGAAGGCGGCUCAUUGUUGUCCCUCCAGACUCCGAGGGCUAUACUGGCAACCUUAUCAAAAUGGCAACAACCACUGGAAGAACGGCACUCUACAUGGUCCCUCUUCAAGAUGAGUUAUGUCUCGAUCCACUUCCAUUCUCAGCAGAGGAGUUUGCAAAGAUGCCAAAGGUGGAGUGUCGGACAUGUAAAACAACAAUGCCAUUACCAGUUUUAUACUUGCAUGUCCAAUCCUGUGGUGGCACACAAUCAGCUGAUGAUGAGAUUGCUGAUGCUGAGGAUGAUGAUGAUGAAGAAGAACUAAAAAUAGUUUCUGUGACAGCCAGUACUGUGUCCACUGCCACCCCAACUUCUAGCCCUGCACCUAUCAGUCCUCUGCGACCCUGUUCUCCUACACCCACCACAAGUUAUGAGGAUGAGGGACAGUGUCCCAUCUGUUUAGAGAUAUUUACACACAGACAGUUGCCCAUUCAUGCAAGUAUAUGUGGCGAUAGUGCAUUACAGACGUUUGGUGCGAACAGUCCUACAUCUGCCACACCUGAACACUACAACCAAAGCUCAGACCUCCAAUGUCCAGAUGAUAUACUGAGGUUGUUGGCAAGUAGGGUAGAUGCCAGCAAGGAUUUCAACAUCUGCGUGUCUCGCACAGACUUCUUUCAAAGAGCUAUGGUACAGUGGCAGCGUCAAAAGAAAGGGACCCCUGGCAACACUUUGCGUGUAACGUUUUUGGGGGAAGCAGGUGUUGAUUCAGGUGCCAUUCGAAAAGAAUUUCUUACAAAUUUGAUUGGUGAGAUUGAGAAACGCCUCUUUGAGCAUCGAGGACACCAGAGUGGGAAGAGCCCUAUCUACUCCUUAAGUGAUCUGGAGAAGGGGUUUUUCAGGACUGCAGGAGAGGUGUUUUCAGUCAGUCUUGCUCAGGGUGGACCAGCCCCCUGUUUCUUGAGACAGUGGUGCUUUGACUAUCUCUCAGCAGGAGAUUUGGAUGAAGUAAAUCUCAGUAAAGAUGAUGUGGAUGAUGCUGAACUUUUUGAACUGAUUCAAAAGGUGGAAGAAGAAACUGAUCUCUCUGCAUGGACUGAUGCUAUAAUUAGUUGCGGUUUCACUGGGAUCAUUAAACCGGAGAACAAAGAGGCCAUAGUAAGAUCUAUUGUGCUGCAUGCAACCCUGCGUCUGCUCCCUUUGCUUAAGCAACUCAGAAAAGGUCUUCAGGUGUACAAUUUUGUGGACAUCCUGGAAGAGCAUUUAGGAUUGUGCCAACAUUUCUUCGUCCCCAGUGUGGUGGAUGAUGACUAUAAGGCUGAUGCAGAUUUUAUCAUGCAGAACAUUCUGCCUAAACUAUCCGAGAAGGGAACAAUACGGGAGACCCGUGAAACAGCCAUCAUCAACUUCCUGCAAGAUUUUCUCCAGGAAAUUGAAAGUGCUGUUGAUAACCCUGAUGGAGACACCCUUCCCUUAACUGUCCCCCGUGUAAUGCAAUGGCUUACUGGCCAGGGACACAAACCACUUCUCAUGUCAGAACGUCAAGAAUUCAAAAUUGCUUUGCAUUUUGAUCAUGAUUGUCAGCAGAGGAUGCCUGCACACCGAAUCUGCUACCCAGUUGUAAGUGCCUGUGCCAGAAAAAUUACCUUUCCUGUAGCACACAUUGACAACUACAAUUCAUUCAAGGAAAUCAUGCUGCAGGCUAUCAACUCUGAUUUUGGAUUUAACAGAGUGUAAAUUUAGGAGUAGGAUACAAUUCCAAAUGAGUCCGGUGUAUGUUCAGGGCAUAGAAUAUUUCUAUAUGCUGUUAAAUGUUCUUAUUGUUACCCUAACACCAGAAAGAAAACAGGCAGUCUAUUUUAUGUUAAUAAAAUUUUAUUAGUUUUUUUACUCUGAUUCCAUAAAUAUAUAUUCGGCAUAAGUACACUUUCUG